CAUUAUCAUUAAUUUAAAAAAAAAAAACAAAAAAGAAAAAACGUUCAACACCCGUUGCGUCUUUUCUCCCAAACAAGGGCUGAGGCUUCUUCUAUUUACAUCAUCAGAAAUCAUGGCACAUAGGAUAUUAAGAGAUGUUGAAGCUGAUGGUUGGGAACGAUCUGACUUUCCAAUCAUAUGCGAGUCGUGCCUCGGUGACAAUCCUUAUAUUCGAAUGACAAAAGCAAACUACGAUAAAGAGUGCAAGAUCUGCACGAGGCCCUUCACAGUCUUUAGGUGGAGACCUGGCCGGGAUGCGAGAUACAAGAAAAGUGAGAUUUGCCAAACUUGCAGCAAGCUGAAAAAUGUUUGCCAAGUGUGCCUUUUAGAUCUCGAAUAUGGUUUGCCAGUCCAGGUUCGUGAUACUGCGCUCAGUAUCAACUCAAAUGAUUCCAUCCCCAAGAGUGAUGUGAACAGGGAGUACUUCGCGGAGGAACAUGAUCGUAGGGCAAGAGCAGGUCUAGAUUACGAGUCCUCAUAUGGAAAGGAACGACCGAAUGAUACUAUUUUGAAACUGCAAAGAACAACACCAUAUUAUAAGAGAAAUCGAGCACAUAUUUGCAGCUUUUUCAUCAGAGGUGAAUGUACAAGAGGCGCUGAAUGCCCUUACCGGCACGAGAUGCCUGUCACUGGCGAGUUAUCCCAACAGAAUAUCAAAGACCGUUACUACGGGGUUAAUGAUCCAGUUGCCUUGAAACUACUGAACAAGGCAGGUGAAAUGCCUUCUCUGGAACCCCCAGAGGAUGAGAGCAUUAGAACCCUCUAUGUGGGUGGGCUUGAUGCAAGAGUAUCAGAGCAAGACCUUACAGACAACUUCUACUCUCAUGGUGAAAUCGAGUCUGUCAAAAUGGUUCUCCAACGUGCUUGUGCCUUUGUUACGUACACUACUCGAGAAGGUGCCGAAAAAGCAGCGGGUGAGCUCUCAAACAAACUUGUCAUCAAGGGUCUUCGGCUAAAACUAAUGUGGGGUCGACCACAAGUACCAAAAGCUGAAGGUGAAGCAGGUUUGGAUGAUGCUAGACAGCAAGCAGUUGCACACAGUGGAUUAUUACCCCGUGCUGUCAUAUCACAGCAGCAAAACCAGUUUCAGCCACCAGGAGCUGCAGGUAGUCAGGACCAACAACAUCCACCACAGAUGCAUUAUUUUAAUAUCCCACCACCUCCGGCUCAGCAUGGCAGAGCGUUCUAUCCUUCUAUGGAUCCUCAGAGAAUGGGAGCAGUGAUCCAUGCCCAAGAAGGAAGCGGGGCUAGUGGGUCAGGUAGCGGUCAAGAUCAGAGGCAUCAAGGUGGUCCGCAGUUUGCUGCAUAUCCACCACCACCACUCCCACCUCAAGGUGGUGGGCAAUACUAUCCACAGUAUUUUCAACAAGGACCACCACCGUCAUAUGGGUAUGGUCCACCCCCACCAUAUCAACAAUAUCCUCCACUGUCUCAUCCUUCCACAAUGCCACCACCAGGAGCAAGCAGUGAACAACCUUAUCAACAGAAAGCACCAGAGGCAGCUGCAACAGGGCCUCCACCACAACAGCAAUGAAGGUUAAUUUUUGAUAUAGGUGGAUGGUUAAACUGCAACUUUUGCUCACAACAGUCCCUUGGAUGAGUUAUUUUUUCUUCUCCGUGCUACAAUUGGUUUUGUAAUGCACUUUGUACGGUUGGAUUCUAAAUUACUGAUUUUAUUUAGUAAGAAUAUUUCUGCAUUUGAUAAAA